UUGUAGCUGUGAUUAAUGCAAGUAUGUAUGACCAAUUGCCCUACUCUGAUUGUCAUGGUGGGUCUCCCAGCAAGAGGAAAAACCUACAUCUCGAAGAAGCUGACACGCUACUUAAAUUGGAUUGGAGUGCCUACGAAAGAAUUUAAUGUUGGUCAGUAUCGUCGAGAUUUGGUGAAAAAGUAUAAAUCCUUUGAAUUCUUCCUGCCUGACAAUGAAGAAGGCUUGAAAAUCAGGAAACAGUGUGCCUUAGCAGCGCUGAAUGACGUCCGGCAGUACCUCAGUGAAGAGAACGGGCACGUGGCUGUCUUUGAUGCUACAAACACAACUCGAGAACGUAGAGAAACUAUUUAUAAGUUUGGGGAAGAAAAUGGAUAUAAGACUUUUUUUGUGGAGUCUGUGUGUGUCGAUCCAGAGGUCAUUGCUGCAAACAUUGUGCAAGUGAAGCUGGGUAGUCCUGACUAUGUUGAUUGUAGUAAUGAUGAAGCAACAGAAGACUUCAUGAAAAGAAUAGAGUGUUACAAGAACUCAUAUGAAACCUUAGAUGAAACUCUGGACAAGGAUCUUUCUUACAUUAAAAUUAUGGAUGUCGGAAGGAGUUAUCUCGUGAACAGAGUGAUGGAUCACAUCCAGAGCCGGAUUGUCUACUACCUCAUGAAUAUCCAUGUGACUCCUCGGUCAAUCUACCUCUGCCGACACGGAGAGAGCGAGCUCAACCUGAAGGGGAGGAUAGGAGGAGAUCCUGGGCUGUCUGUCAGGGGGAAAGAAUUUGCCAAAAGCUUGGCACAGUUUAUUAAUGAGCAAAAUAUCAAAGAUCUGAAAGUUUGGACCAGCCAGAUGAAAAGGACAAUUCAGACUGCUGAAGCCUUGGGAGUGCCUUAUGAGCAGUGGAAAGUUUUAAAUGAGAUAGAUGCAGGAGUGUGUGAAGAAAUGACAUAUGAAGAAAUACAGGAAAAUUAUCCGCUUGAAUUUGCACUGAGAGACCAAGACAAAUACAGAUACAGAUACCCUAAAGGGGAGUCUUAUGAAGAUCUUGUUCAGAGGCUGGAGCCAGUAAUUAUGGAACUCGAAAGGCAGGAAAAUGUGCUUGUCAUUUGUCACCAAGCUGUCAUGCGCUGUUUGCUCGCAUAUUUCCUUGACAAGCCCGCAGAACAACUGCCCUACCUGAAGUGCCCACUGCAUACUGUCUUAAAGCUAACCCCGGUGGCUUAUGGAUGUAAAGUAGAAUCUAUAUUUCUGAAUGUCGAAGCUGUAAACACACACAGAGAUAAACCUGAGAAUGUAGGUGUGAAUAGGUCGAGAGAAGAAGCUUUGAGGACAGUCCCCACCCACCUAUAGCUGCAGCUUCUGGGGCGGCAGCCCUUCCUCCAGCAGCUCAGGGCCCGGCGGUGUCGGAGCGGGGCGGGACGGACGUGCCUCCCCUUCCCUUGGAGACAUUUCGAAUGUGAUUCCACUUCUUUGGACAAAACCUGUGCUCGUGGAUAACUCAAAAGCCACAUUUAAUACCUACAUCAGGAAACAGUACAGAAAGGUUAGGUGAGUUUAACCAUUCUAACAGCUCAUGCAACAAAAACACCAGGUAAAUGCUGAAAUAAUUUUUAACAUGGCACACUUGCCUUGGGGUUUUUUGUUUUGUUUUUAAGCACCUUCCAUCAUCCCAAUUCUUCGUUGCUCUUUUACACCUAGUGAAACUCCAGUGCUAAAAAUGGAAUUUUCUGUCUGUCAAGGUCACAACCUUUUAACUGUACUAAAUCAAAGUGUAUUUUGUCUGUGUGUUACCAGACAACUGAAGUGAGCUGCCAGCACUGCUGCUGGCUCUAGCUCUGAAAUGAGGAGAAACUAUUCUUUGGUAGCUGGACUGUUUUUUUCUAAGGAUUCUCUCCAAUUAAUUGAGCUUUUACCAUGUGAGUUGUUUGGGUUGUUUUGGGUUUUUUUUUUCUUUCCUGAAUUCCUGUGUGAAAUACCAGGCCCUGGUAACAUAGUUUUGCAGGCAAGGGCUAAAUUGUCUUUUGUUUGUGCAGGGUUUAUACAAUAAUGUGCUGCUGUUGUGUUUUUUGUUGUUUGUUUGUUUUUUUUUAAUAAGCUAAAUUCAGCAAUAUAUUCAGCUUUGGAAGUAAGCCAUAGUGCAUUGCUGGGUUCUGUUUCAGAGGAGGAAUGUGGAGGGUGCAGAAUGACCAGGAACACUUUGCUUCAAGCGCUGCUGUCUAAAGCUUUGUGUGUGUGUGUUAUGGUAAUGCCAUUUCAGACCUUUAUUAAUUCAGCUGUGUCCAUAGUUGUGGGGUGAGGAGAGAAGCCUGCCUGGCACUGCUCAGAGAAGUGCAUUUAUUGAGGUGUGGUUAACAAGGCCACCUUUGUAGCACCACUGAAGGAGCAAUUUCCCCUCUCACUGUGGUGUGGGAAAGCAGGGCUGUGCCCCAGGCAGCCCUCGCUCCUCUGCUGGGACUGGAGCGGUGGUUAAACAGUUCUUACACUGAGAAUGUCGGGAUUUAUCUGUAAAAAUCCAAGGAGGCUGCAUUAGAGAAGUGGAUUUUACUGGCAGACUGUGAGCUCAGACCUGGCUGAAGAAAUGUGGGCAGAAAUGCUUCCCCCAGUGAAAGCUGAGCCCAGGGGCUGCUUCUCUUUGCUGACAAGCACGGCUUGAAGUGUUUCCUCUGCCCCUUUGUUUUACCUCUCUGAUCUGUCAGAGGUGCUGUAACAUCCUUGAGGCUACAUGUUCUAUGUACAGUAGGUAUUUUUAUAGCCUGCUUUCAAAUAUACUGUGAUGAGUGUUUUACUGCAAUGGGUGUUCAGUAAAAAGAGUUGUAUACAAGUGUAAAUAAACUACUGUGCUGAUACUUGAAGAGGAAAAAAAAAAAAAAUAAAAAGUUGUUGGUUCUAGGGUAGGAAGGUACUAAAUCAGUGACUGCAUCUGAUCCUGGCUGGAGAGAGCAGGUGUGGAUGAUGAAUGUAGAUUUGAGCUGAAUGUAGAUUUGGAGUGAUGGGUUCUCCCAGGCUGUAAUCCUAACUGCUGUUCUGGGAAGGCACAGUUAAGAAUUGCCAUUAAUUGUCACUUUCUAAAAGUGUGUGUCCCCCACUCCUGUCAGAACAGUCACUGCCAGGGGAAGGGAAAACCCUUGUCCUGACCUUUGUGUUUGUACCAUUUGACUGCCUGUGUUCUGUGUGUGCCUGGCUCAGAUGCAGUCUCUCAAAUGGGAUUAAACCAUCCUUUCUUACAUUGUUGGCCUCUGUUGUGAUCUUUCAGACAAAUGUAAUCAUUUGACCUUUGAUCCAAGUAAUAAAGAUCAAAUGCUACAAGG